UCUUACGAUCUCUUUCCUCUCUACCUCGGACACCGACAGCUGGUUCGGGAGUUGGCUGCGAUGGUGCCCCACGUCCCUCAGUCUGCUACGAGAAGCAGAGAAUGAUGUUGCUGUCAAACCUAAAGAGCUUGUACAGAGGGCGUUACGUGAACGUGGGCUGCACGGUAGGCACAGAGGACUCGCACAUCUGGACUCUGAGCUUUAACGAAGAGUCACCCAAAAUCCCCCUGGUGCUUCUGCAUGGUUUUGGGUCCGGGGUGGGCUUGUGGUGCCUCAACUACGAUGCGCUGGCUGCCAAGAGACCCAUCUAUGCCAUAGAUAUUGUUGGUUUUGGUCGCAGUUCCCGACCACAGUUUACGCGAGACCCCUUGGAAGCUGAGAGGGAGUUCAUCACGACCAUCGAAGCGUGGAGGGAGAAGAUGAACCUGGAAAAGUUCAUUCUGUUGGGUCAUUCCUUUGGUGGGUUCCUGGCCGCCUCUUACGCCAUCAAGCACCCUGAGAGGGUGGCGCACCUCAUCCUGGCCGACCCCUGGGGUCUCCCCGAGCGGCCGCUGUGGGUGCGGGCCCUAGGGGUCCUCCGGCAGCCCUUCAACCCGCUCGCCAUCGUCAGAACAGCCGGCCCCUGGGGUCCAAAGUUAGUCCAGAAAGCCCGGCCAGAUCUUAUUCGCAAGUUUUCGGGCGUGGUGAGGGAUUCGGAGGAAGCGAUUCCGAACUACCUGUACCACUGCAACGCGCAGACUCCGAGCGGUGAGUCGGCUUUCCACGCCCUCAUGGCCGGCUUUGGCUGGGCGAAGCAUCCGAUGAUCCACCGAAUGGACUCGCUGAGGAAGGAAGUCCCGAUCAGCCUGCUCUACGGCUCGAGGUCCUGGGUGGACCGGGAUCCCGGUUUCCAGAUCAAGUGCACGAGGCAGGACUCGUAUGUCGACGUAGUGGUCAUCAAAGGCGCAGGUCACCAUGUGUACGCAGACAGAGCAGAGGUGUUUAACGAGCUUGUGAAUUACAUUGGAGACAAUGUAGACAACGGCACACUGCCCAAGAAAAUGAGCAUGAACCCAGAUUUAGUGGAAGGGGAGGAGGCCAGAAAUGCUGGCGUCACCUUGACCAAUAUGCUGAAUGUUCGCAAUGAUAACAUGCAAGACGUGACACAAGCGACGGUGGAGGACACUGAUUAUCCAGAGGGAAGUGAGAAGGAUGUCACGUGAGGAAAGGCGGAGGGUUCUUGUGGGAGGAGGAUUCCGAUGACUUUGCGCUGACCCCAGAAAGGAGUUCCUGAAGCUUCCAUUGCGUAAAAUGCUCGCAGAAUUCUGGUGAAUUUUGGAUUGAUGCUGGCAACUGAUCUUAAGAUGUUGCCAU